CUUCCUGACAAAUAGAUCGUUAGUUAGUACCUCUCGUUAACUAAUAAAGAAUAUUCAAUUAUACACCAUGAAAUUGUUUGUAGCAGUUUUGGGAGUUUGCCUGUUGGCCAUUUGCUCCAGUUUGCCAAUUGAAAAUGAACAUGAAAAUACUUUGGAAUCGGUGGAUGCUGCCGGGCAUGAUGAUAGCAAUGUUGAGCAUGUGCGUUUAGCUCGCGGCUAUGGUGGCUAUGGUGGUUACGGUGGUUUAGGAGGAUAUGGUGGCGGUUAUCAUGGCGGCUAUCAUGGUGGCUAUCAUGGUGGUUAUCAUGGCGGUUAUGGUGGUGGUUAUCAUGGUGGAUAUGGCGGUUACCCUGGUGGUUAUGGUGGCUAUGGUGGUUAUCCAUUAGGUGGUGGCUAUGGCGGUGGUUUCGGUGGCGCUAGCGCCAGCGCCAGUGCAUCCGCAUCAUCCUUUGGUGGUGGUUUCGGCAGAUAAAAUAUUAAAAUGUCAUAUUCUUCUUUAUGUUAAGUAUUUAAGUCAAGCCAAAUUCAUGAAAAUAAAAUUAUUUAUUAUGUUUUAAUAGA